AUGAGUGGAGCCAUUGCUGGACGUGGAGAUACUCCGGGCACAAUUGAAGGAGGAUCUGGAAGUGUAGGUGGUGGUCCAGGUGGGGUUGGUGGUGGGCCAGGUGGAGUUGGUGGAGUUCCGGGAGGAGUUGGUGGAGUUCCAGGGGGAGUUGGUGGAGUUCCAAGAGGAGUUGGUGGUGGGCCAGGUGGAGUUGGUGGAGUUCCGGGUGGAGUUGGUGGAGUUCCAGGGGGAAUUGGUGGAGUUCCGGGAGGAGUUGGUGGAGUUACAGGUGCAGUUGGAGGAGGUCCAGGAGGAACUGGGGGAGGAGUUAAACCCUCUAAAGUUUAUAGCAGUACAGGUGGAACUGGAGCUCUUGGAGUUGGAGUUGGAGGUGUAGGUGGAAAGGGUCCAGCUGGAGCGGGAGGAGUUGGACUUCUGCCUGGAGGUGGUGGUUUACUACCAGGAGGUUAUGGAGGAGCAGGAGGUUUAGGAGCUGGUGGGAUCCAACCAGGGACUGGCUUCAGGUUCCCCAGUGGGGCUGCAGUGGGCAGCAAACAAGGAAAAGUUUAUGGGGCAGCAGGCACACUUGGUGGGCUUGGAGGCCCAGGCGGAUAUGGACCAGGACCCUUUGGCUAUGGAGGUGGUCCAGGUAGUUAUGGUGGUGGCCCAGGCAGUGCUGGUGGACUUGGAGGGUCUGGAAUUGGUGGGCUUGGCUAUGGUCCUGGUGGAGUAAAACCACCUAAAAGCUAUGGAGGAGCUGGAACAUUGGGUGGGGCUGGAAGAGGAGGCAUUAGUGGAGGUCCUGGAGGACUUGGUGGUGGUCUAGGAGUAGGACCAGGAGGUGCUGGAGGCAUUGGUGGUGGUCUAGGAGUUGGACCAGGAAGUAUUGGAGGUCCUGGAGGAGUUGGAGGACUGGGUGAAGGCUAUGGAGGAGCUGGAACAUUGGGUGGGGCUGGAAGAGGAGGCAUUAGUGGAGGUCCUGGAGGACUUGGUGGUGGUCUAGGAGUAGGACCAGGAGGUGCUGGAGGCAUUGGUGGUGGUCUAGGAGUUGGACCAGGAGGUAUUGGAGGUCCUGGAGGAGUUGGAGGACUGGGUGAAGGUAUCAUGUGCCAGAUAUCCAGGUGGUGGCCUGGGAGCUGGAGCUGGGAAACCUGGGAAAUCAGGGUAUGGAGGUUUGGGUGCAGCUGGAGGCAUGGGAGGUGUUGGAAGCCCACUAGGAACCGGUGGAGGCUUUGGCACAGGUGCACUGGGUGGUCAAGGCUAUCAGCCAGGUGUUGUGAAUGUAAUUCUGUUGUUUCUCACUUGUACUAUGAAAGAGAUGGACAGUUCUUCUGUAAGAAAGAUUACUGCUCGCGAUUUGGGGAGCAAUGCUACGGCUGCUCAGAGUCUAUCACCACCGGCCUCAUUAUGGUGGCUGGGAAGCAUAAAUACCAUCCCGAGUGUUUUUUCUGUGAAAGCUGUGGCAUGGUUAUUGGAGAUGGUGAUUCUUUCGUUCUAGUGGAUUUUACCAAUUUAUACUGUGGACAAUGUGGACACGAGGUGGUGUCGAUGCAGCACUCGGCAGCAAAAUGUUCACGGCUUCCUCAUACAGUGACAUCGAUGUCAUUUCCUCCUUCUGCAGAAAGCAGGCGAGGUUUAUCCUUCACAGUGGAGCAGAAGGAUGCAGGCCCUUUGAUCAUCAUAUCUCAACUGGAUAUGCACAACCUGAGCCCUGAAGUUAAGCCUUUGAUCCAUGCUGGAGAUAGGAUUCUUGAGAUCAAUGGAAUUUCUGUCCAGAACAUUCCACUCAAUGAGAUAGAGCUGGUGAUUCACGAUACAGAGCACUGGUUACAAAUCACAACUGAACAUGAUCCUGAAGAACUCACAAAACAAGAAGACUUGUCUGGCCUACUGGGAGAAGAACUGGACCACCCUGGAAAACUAGGUUUCAUUCCCCUUCCCAGCAACAGACGAAUAAGCCCUCGAUCCAGAAAUAUUCUGCGCAGCUGCAGUACUGAUAAAGCUUCAUGCUCGCAACGACACGCUGCACUUCUUUCCCAUAGAAGAGACAUUAAUCGAUCAGAGUCUCUGCGUUUUGACCCUAGUGACAAAACACAACGUAUCUUCCGUCCCUUAGACCUAAUAUAUGGGGAAGUUUUGGGAAAAGGUUGUUUUGGACAAGCCAUAAAGGUGACACAUUCGGAAACAGGUGAGGUCAUGGUGAUUAAGGAACUUCUUCAAUUCGAUGAAGAGACUCAGAAGACAUUCCUGAAAGAGGUCAAAGUAAUGAGAUGCCUAGAGCAUCCUAAUGUCUUAAAGUUUAUCGGCAUUCUCUACAAAGACAAACGGCUGAACCUGAUCUCGGAGUAUGUGCAAGGAGGAACGCUGACGGACACCAUCCAGAAAAUGGACAGGGAUCACCCUUGGAAACUUAGAGUGAGCUAUGCCAAAAACAUUGCAGCUGGAAUGGCUUACCUACAUUCAAUGAAUGUCAUUCAUCGGGAUCUAAACUCACACAACUGCUUUGUCCGAGAGAACCAAACAGUGGUAGUUGCUGACUUUGGUUUGGCCCAGCUUGUAAAGGAAGAAAAGAGCUCUUCUCCUGGACAAAUGUCCAAAUUGAACAAGCUUGGUCGUAAAAAACGGUAUAUGGUGGUGGGCAACCCCUACUGGAUGGCACCAGAAAUGAUCCACGGAAAAGUCUACGAUGAACAGGUUGACAUUUUCUCAUUCGGGAUUGUUGUUUGUGAGAUUAUCGGAAGAGUAUAUGCCGAUCCAGAUUACCUCCCUCGCACGCAGGAUUUUGGACUGAAUGUGAAUGAAUUCUUGGAGCGCUAUAUGUCCAAAGAUUGCCCUGAGGCUUUCUUUCCCAUUGCGGUUCUGUGUUGUGCCUUGGAAGCUGAGAAACGUCCCAGUUUUGCUAAAUUAGAGGAGUGGCUGGAGAACCUGCUGAUGCACAUGGAGAUAGGACUUCAUCUGAUGUCAGAGUUGGAUAAAAUCCGCCAAGUGUUUUGGGAAAACCACAGCCAGUCAAAACAAACUUAUGGGAUUCCUUCAAAACAGAUGGAGAACUAA